CUACUGAGUUUAAUCAGGCCCCUGUUCAUUUUUCUGCUUCUUGUUUUGUCCAGUUUCCUCUUGCUUGCGUAGCUUUUCUUUUAUGUUGUACUGGCUCCCUGGCUAUUGCAUUUUGACUGGCAGACACGGUACAAACACAGAUGAGUGCCCCUCUAUCUUUCUGUUCUGACCCCUCCCACAAUGUACACCCUCAGCAAACCUCCACCCAGAACAGCUUCCUAAUCCACCCUAUAAAUUGCAGAAGCAAGACCAAACAAACACAUAUGGUCCCUUCCGCUCAAGAAUUGCUCUGUAUGGAAUGUGUAAACACCACCUGAGCCGUGUUACAUAUUUACUGUCCCACAGGUGGCAGUGGCCUGAAGGAGGGAAGAAGGGAGAUAGAGAGAGAGAGAGAGAGAGAGAGAGAGAGAGAGCGAGAGCGAGCAGGAGGGAGUGACAGAAACAUAAUUCUAGUUUAAAAGCACAAUUGUAGAGUGGCUGAAUGCUUGUUGGUUAAGACAGAGACUGGGUGAAGACUGAAGCUUGAGGCUCAUUUGAGUGAAGGUGCCAUGGGAAAGCUGCCAGCGAGACAUGCUGUGUUGGGCAUCUUGAUGUCCAUGGUGUUGGGUGCCACCAUUAUCGCACUAAUCCUCAUGGUCGUCCAGAAUCAGACUGUAGACAGGCCACUAGGCCCUAAGUAUGGAAUUGUGAUCGACGCUGGCUCCACCCACACCGCCCUGUUCCUGUACCGGUGGCCCGCCGGAAAGGAGAACAAUACUGCCAUCGUGUCCCAAGUUGGGCUGUGCGACGUGGAUGGUCCUGGCAUUUCCAGCUAUGGCUUAGACCCCCCCAGAGCUGGGCAGAGUCUGGUGAAGUGCCUGAGAGAUUUGAAACAGGCCAUUCCAGCAGGGCAGUGGGGAGCGACCCCCGUAUACCUGGGGGCCACGGCUGGUAUGCGGCUGCUCAAAUUGCAGAACGCAACCCAGGCUGAUGAGGUCAUGAAGGAAGUUUCCAAAGCCAUCCAAAGGUAUCCCUUUGAUUUCCGCGGAGCUCGGAUACUCUCUGGUGUGGCGGAGGGGGCCUAUGGCUGGAUCACCAUCAACUACUUACUUGAGGGAUUUGUCAAGUUCUCCUUCCAGGGAAAGUGGCUGCACCCUGUAGGAAACAACAUCCUGGGAGCUUUGGACAUGGGUGGGGCCUCCACCCAAAUCACCUUUGUCCCAGCAGGCCCGGUGCAGGACCCGCAAACGGCGGCGGAUUUCCGCUUGUACGGCUUUAACUACAGAGUGUACACGCACAGUUACCUGUGCUACGGCAAGGAGCAGGCUAUGAAGCAACUUCAGGUGCAGCUCCACACGGUAAAUUUUUCUCAGAACAUCUCACACCCCUGCUACCACACGGGAUUCCGGCUGAAUCUGACCUUGGGUGACCUCUACAAUUCGCCCUGCGUCAAAAAACCGACGUCCUUUGACCCGGCCGCCAACGUGACCUUCUACGGGAGCAGUGACCCGGAAAAGUGCUCACAGCUUGUGCAGCGUUUAUUCAACUUCAGUGGCUGCACCUUCUCACCCAGCUGCUCCUUCAACGGCAUCUACCAGCCACCUGUCAACGGCAACUUCUUCGCAUUUUCUGCUUACUUCUACACCUUCAACUUCCUUGGCCUGGUUCCUCAGGCUUCUCUGUCCCGUGUGAACAGCACCAUCGACUCCUUCUGCAGGAGGAACUGGACUUCGGUGAAGACAGCAUAUCCAUCAGAGAAAGAUAAAUACCUCCAGGAUUACUGUGGCUCAGCUGUGUACAUGAAGGCCCUCCUACUGGAUGGCUUCAACUUCACUCAGAACUGGAACAGCAUUAGCUUCCAGAAGAAGGCAGGAGAUGCAGACAUUGGCUGGACAUUGGGAUACAUGCUGAAUCUCACCAAUCUAAUCCCCAGUGAACCACUGGCACCAGUGACUGGCGUGGAGCACGGUCAAUGGGCUGCAGGCAUCUUCUUCAUUGUGUUUGUCAUGAUCCUCAGCAUCCUAGUUCUAUUCAUCCUGAGUGUCCGCAAUACAGCCAACUGACAAUAAAGAAAGGAUGGAAAACAAAACAUAUGAUUAAUGCAAAAGCACAGUCAAGACAGGGAUAACCAAGAGCAAGACAGGGAUAACCAAAAGCAAGACAGGGAUAACCAAGAGCAAGACAGGGAUAACCAAAAGCAAGACAGGGAUAACCAAGAGCAAGACAAGGAUAACCAAAAGCAAGACAGGGAUAACCAAAAGCAAGACAGGGAUAACCAAGAGCAAGACAGGGAUAACCAAAAGCAAGACAGGG